CUUAAAGCCUUGUCUAGUACUUUGCCUUGGCGCAAUUAUACUCAAAAUUCUGCAAACGUCUACUUUUUGGUGUACGAGAAUACAGUUGGUAACAACUCACCGAAGAUUGUAUACGGAUUUGCAAAAGCUCAAAUAAAAGUGUACACUAGUAUCAGGAGCAGGCGAUCAGAAAGAAGUAGGUGUAUUUGAUAUUUGGUCAGCAAGACGAAUACUUCUCGUGCUGCCACUACCUUCUACUGCGGGAUACUCAACAUUCUUCUUCACUACAAGUGCAGUAAAAUUCUUUGACAGUAUGAAUAUCCUCCUGUGCCUGCGUGGGCAGGCUGCGAAUAUACGGGCGACGCGCUGCCGUGUAUGCUCUCACUGGCAGCUGCGCCGACUUUUCUUGCUUCUUCAGCUGCUGUUCCCUACACCACGAACGACAAAAGUAAAAAGGAGACAUUUAUCUACCUAGAAGAUACACGCAAAGAUCCGGAACCUGACACGUACCAUACAACUUGAUCCAUCGCGCGACCAGCUUUCUGUAUGCAUAUACAGCAUGAGUACAAUGAAUCAAUUCGUUCAGCACAAAAACUGUUUAUAGCUGUUAGUCUUGGUGUUACUAAUAUUCUUCUUUGUUUCAUCCCCACAGGCCGAAAAAAGUAUAAAAAACAAACGAAACUACACAAGCGACAUUUAUGUUUCUUUAGCGAUCACGAAAGUUUCAGUACUAGACCACAGAUAUCGCUAAGGAAAGAGUAAUUUUUUCUCCUCUCUGGAAGCUAGCACGUCCACGUUAUCACAUUCCUGACAAGCGACAGAAGUAGCGCAGAAACCAUUUCUGCGGAAAGCGACAAAGAUGGGCCCCAUUACCACCGGUUCCAGCAUAAUCGGGCUAAAAUACAAAGGUACAAUAAAAACUGGUGCUUGCGGGGGCAACUAUUUGUUUUAUGUUCCUGCGUUGACUACGCGGCGAUCAUGGCCAUACCUUUACAAACUCCGCUGCAAAAGAACGAAAAUCAAAAUCUCGUUUCCCAAUCAUAAAAACCGCUCAUUGAUGAAAUGCGGGCGAAAUUGUGUGUCCCGACCACAAAAUAAAUUUUUGCACAGAUGGCGUGCUUAUCGCUGGCGACCGAAUGUGCGCGUAUGGCGGUAGUCUGAAGUUUCCCGGCGUGCAAAGGAUAGAGCAGGUAGGGGACUGCACGCUGGUGGGCUGCAGCGGCGAGUUGAGCGACUUCCAAUACAUAAAAGACCUCAUGGGCGACGUAGACGAAGAGGACUGGAUCGAGCAAGGUAUAUAGGGAAUCAAGCAUGACAAAUCUUGCUCCUUAACGAAAUCAGCAUUACAAAUUCCAAAUAUAAUAGCGCUCGACGUGGUUUCCACUGACCGUCAAGCAUGCGACGGUCGCAAUAAGAACUUUUUUUGAAAUGUGCAGCUGUAUCUGAUUCAAAUAGCCGACGUAUUUCCGUUUACUUUAUUCCGAGUUCAAAAUUGUAAUUCGUUAAAUUCCAACAGACGGCAGCCGAAUGGGGCCGAAGCAAGUGGCGAGCUUUUUGGGUCGCGUUCUCUACAACCGAAGGAGUAAGGUGAAACCGCUCUGGAAUCAGGUACUAGAACUAGUAUUGCACGUUAUGCAUUACAAAUCUUUGUUUAAAGGGAAACCAGCAUUACAAAUUUUAUUUCUCAUGCUGAGGAAAUUUGUAAUGCAUUUAUACUACUAUACAGCUGGUCAUCGGCGGAGUGAAGCACGGCGAGCCACAUUUGGCGUACGUGGACCUGCAGGGCACGGCGUUUGAAGAGGACUUCAUCGCGACGGGGUUCGGGCUCCACCUGGCCAUUCCGAUCCUGCGGAAACACUGCGAAUACGGCAAAUACAAGACCCUGACCCUGGAGGCGGCGAAGAAGGUGGCGACCGAGUGCCUGGAGCUGCUCUUCUACCGGGACUGCAAAGCCUCGAUGGAGGUCCAGUUCGCUACCGUCGGCAGCGACAGCAAAGUCACCAUCGAGCCGCCACACAAGCUGAAGACCUUCUGGGAACACCCUACCUGGAUGAAGCCAGGCAGCGAGCACACGGGCACCGGCACGGCCUCGUGGUGAGAACGAUAAACCACAGCACUCCGGGAGUAGUAGAUGCAUGUUGGAUUGUGCUGUACCUUCAGGAUAGAUACUACUUCUUCUAGUACCCUAGGUUUAUUCAUUUGAAGAACCCCCUAAGAGCUGUAGUACUAGAAACUGACGACAUCGUACAGCAAGCACAGAGUGCUAGUUGACCCAGGGAAGACAUAAUUUUUUCAAAAAAGUCGAUAAAUCAAAGCAAGUCUCAGGACACUUGGUCAGAGGACUGCAAGGUAGUAGUUUGUGGUGAGCAGUAGGG